AUGGACUUCGAAAAGACAGAUGGAAAGCCUACCGCGACGACGAUGUACAGCACUCGUGCAAGUGCUCUCCCUGAAGAGCCCGACUUUGCCCAGUUCGACGACUCACCUCCUUCGACGCCCUCCGCAAAGUCUUCCGCAUCACGAGACUCCAGUAUGCCAUCCAGAAUAUCUCCACCCAAAUCCCGACCACGCGCUGCGAACAAAAGCCUCCGCGAUCUCAAUGGCUCGUGGGUUAUGUCCAAGUCUCUGUCCACUGGAAUUCCACCCGCUCUCGAAAUUCAAGGCUUCUCAUCAGACGUUCGCAAAGAGAUCAUUGCAUCUCCACUCCGUCUUCAAAUCACUCAAUCGCACUAUCCCUCUCAGAUCUUCGUCAAGCAACACACCUCCUCUUCAAUCCCGGCCUUCACACAACGCUGGUAUCCACCUCAACGACUUGGCACCUGGAGCGAUUGGUGGGAGAGCGCGACGGAAGGAACGAGGAGUAAAUGUCGCUGGAUCCAAGGUACUGAUUUCGAACACAAGGAGGGUGUCGGGUAUUUGACAGAUGGGCUGGCAAGAUCAGCAGAGUUCUUUGAGGUUGAGGUGGAGUGUAAAAGCCAGGGGUGGUUAAAGAGAGAGGUUUGGUUGGUGGAGGGUGGGAAGCGGUUUGUGAGGAGGGUUGUUACAUUGGGGGUGGAGAAGGGAAGCGAGGAGCGGAAUGGCCGCAGGGCGGAGACGAGGUUGGUUUAUGAGUUUGAGAGGUAA